UUGCAGCUAAUAACUUAAUCCUGUUAAAUUCAACCACUUAAAUUUAGUAUAGCUUAAUUACUACUUUAAUUUUGACCGUUUCACAUUCGACAUAAAGCAAUGUGAACUUGCAUUUUCAUUAUAGACUAAAUUUAAUAAUUUUGUGCAAACAUUUUUAGAAAUCUAAAUACCAACCUUCUGAUUAAAACGAAUGUUAAAGAAUGAAAAUUAAGCUCACAUUUAGGCUCAGUUUAACUUUUGAUACUAUUUUGACGCCAUUUGAUACUAACACGACCAUACGACACUGUCUACAAAACACACAAACACACCUAUGUAGCGAACAGAUAUGGCAGACGAGCAAAAUGAUUUCAAACAUAUCAUCGCUCGAUUCUGUAACUCUUGACGGGACUAGAUGAGUUGUAGCAGAGCCGCUGCGAGUGUCGUUUUAUCCUCUCUUGCCGAGCCGACUCCCCCUACCUCCUCCUCCGCUUGCAGAAUUGUAUAAAGAACAAAAAUCGGGCUGGGGAGGGGGGUUGAUACGCCGAAGCUGAAAUCGAGAGGCGAACCCAGGAAAGAGGAGUAUUUUGUACACGGGACUUUCCCCCCCUUCGUCCCUAAAAAGGAGGGGGAAAUGUCAUAUUUUUAAAAGCGAUAUUUUUAAAAUCGAGGAUUACGAAUAGGCUUAGGCGCCUAUCUCUGAGGAUAUAUAUUUUAAUUCGUUAAAAAAUAUGGCCGAGAACGUUCUGGAGUCUGGCCCGCCUUCAGCCAAGAGGCCUAAACUGUCCUCCCCGGCACUAUCUGCCUCAGCCAGCGAUGGAAACGAUUUUGGCUCGCUUUUUGACCUGGAGCACGACCUUCCAGAUGAGCUGAUCAGUUCCUCCGAGCUGAGUCUAGCAAAUGGAGGGGACCUCGGCCAGUUGCACGGCAGUUUGGGUAGUGGGGGCGGUGCCAUCGGAGGAGUUAUGUCCAGUGGCCAGGAUGCAGCGGCCAAACACAAGCAGCUCUCAGAACUCCUCCGACAUGGAUCGGCAUCUGCACCACAGCAGCAGGGUGUGAUGGGCGGCCCAGCGGGAGCCUCAAUGGGGCUUUUUGGGAAUAUGAAGGCUUCUCCAGGUACUCAGGGCAUGGGCCCGCAAGGGCAGCAACAUCUUUCCCUGCAACAGGCCACGCUUAUGCAACAGCAGCAGAUGGCAGGGAUGGUGGGCAACAUGAACAGGAAUAUGCUCGGACCUCAGAAAGGCAACGGACAGCAGCAGCAGCCAGGAGGGCCAGUGCCUCAGCAGCAAAACAUACUCGGAGCGCAGAUGGUGAACGGAUCGCCCAGAAUGGGACAUCACAACCCAGGCAUGGGCAGCAGCAGUAACCUGUUAGCGGAGGCUCUUCAGCAACAGCAGACAGUAGGAGGACAGGGUGGACUGAGGGCACAGCAGCCUGGAGCAAUGAAUAAGAUGGGUAUGAAUGCAGCUUCAGGCCCCUAUGGAGGCCCAUAUGGUCAGACUGCCAGUCAGGGUCUGGGUGUUGCAGGGCUGGCCCCUCAGCUCCAGAACAAACCAGGUCUCCCCAACAGUCCGGCCCAGUUUAACCUAGACAAGAAACAGGGCAUACCUGGCAUGCAGGCUUCCCAGCCUUCCCCAGUGGGUGCUGCCGGAGCCACAGGAGUGGCCAGCAUGGUGCCUAACUCCCAAGGAGCUCUCGGUCCCGGAUCGGCUCCAUCAGCCGUGUCUGCAACAGCGGUGGGAGGAGUUCCUCCAGCGGCCGACCCGGAAAAGCGCAAACUCAUACAGCAGCAGCUGGUGCUUUUGCUCCAUGCCCACAAGUGCCAGCGGCGAGAGCAGGCCAACGGGGAAGUACGGCAGUGUAACCUGCCCCACUGUCGCACCAUGAAGAACGUCCUCAACCACAUGACACACUGCCAGGCUGGCAAAUCUUGCCAAGUGGCACACUGUGCCUCAUCCAGACAGAUAAUCUCUCACUGGAAGAACUGCACGCGGCAUGACUGUCCUGUGUGUCUACCAUUGAAAAAUGCAGGAGACAAGAGGAAUCAGCAGUGUGAGUCUCUCCUAGGCACUGCGGGUGUGGGGUUAAGUCCUUCUUUGGGUAAUGUAACUGGUGGUCCACCCAGUACCCCCCAUCUCAGUACCCCUGGACAGAUAGACCCCAGCUCCAUCGAGAGGGCUUACGCAGCCCUGGGCCUCACAUACCAGGGAAACCAGCCUCCAUCUGUCCAACAAACACAACGGACAACGAACACAAUGGGAGCAAAUCCCAUGGGAGUAAACGGAGCAGUGGGUGGUCAGUCUCAGAAUCAGCAAUCUAGCCUUCUCCAGGAUACAAUGUUGCAUCUGAAUAUGAACUCGCAGAGUCUGAUGAAUGACAGUUCUGUGGGCGGUGUGGGGUCUAUGCCUGUGGCCAACCCAGCUUCCAGUGCUGGCAUGAGGAAGAGCUGGCACGAAGAUAUCACCCAGGAUCUACGCAACCACCUGGUGCACAAACUAGUCCAGGCCAUUUUUCCCACUCCAGACCCAGCUGCACUGAAGGACCGGCGGAUGGAGAAUCUAGUGGCCUAUGCGCGUAAAGUUGAGGGGGACAUGUAUGAGUCUGCUAACAGCAGGGCUGAGUAUUAUCACCUGCUGGCUGAGAAGAUUUAUAAGAUCCAGAAGGAACUUGAAGAAAAGCGACGGACACGGUUACAGAAGCAGGGCAUGAUGCCUACUCAGCCUGGUAUGCCCCCGACUGGACUGCAGCAAGGGCCCCCUGGGAUUGGUCAGACAGGGCCACCCUCAGGACUGCCUUCGAAUGGUCCUCUCCCGGAUCCUUCAGUGAUGCGGCCUACUGUUCCAAACCAGAUGAUGACCAGGAUGCAGAAUGCAGCUGGACAGAACACUGGUGUGAUGGCUGCUGAUAAUUCAGCUUUCCAUCACUGUAUGAAUCCCUUUGGGAAUCAUAUGGGAAUGCAGUCCAUGGGCCAGCAGAGAUCUACACCUCCUCCUCCACUCAGCACAACUCUUAACCAGGGAAGCAUGGCUAAUGCGAGGAUGCCACAGCCGAAUGUUGCACAAAUGCAAAAUCAGUACAUGCAACCUGGACAGUUUCAAGGUUCAAAUCCAGUUCUUAGUGCUGGAUCUGUUGACAUGGCACACCCAGGAAAUGACAGCGCCGUCACUCAACAGGGGCAAAUGCCUACUUUAUCAUCUUUACCAAUCGGCAGUCCUUUAGCCCAGCCUGGGUCUGCUGGAGGGGCAGGCAGCGGGUCCUCAGUGGGCUCUCUGGGUCCUAACAACAUGAGUGGGGUCCCUCCAUCAUCCACCCCAACACAGUCCAUCAACCUCCCCCACUGCCCACCCGUCCACCAGAAUUCUCCUUCCCCAGCUCAUAGCCGCACCCCCACACCCACGCCGGGCUCCCAGACACCCCAACCUCACACACCCAGCCUACCCCAGUUAACCCCAAGUGGCAGUCAGCAGUUACCUCCGUCCGUCAGUUCUGACAAUGCCAUGCAGCCAUUAGGAGGAACUUCUCCUGCUGUGUCUCAUACACCAAAUGCUAGCCAGCAUCCCCGCACUCCAUUGUCUCAUAAGGGUUCUCUACCAAUGGACGGCCAGGUUGCUACCCCUGCCUCCGUCAGCAGUGCAGAUGCAUCAUUUCAGCAGGUUCCUUCAGACUCCACAGCCACCCUUGAGCCCAAGGUGGAGGUGAAGCAGAAAGUAGAAGAGGAUGAGGAUGAAGAAGGCAUGUCAGGAGGAAAAACUGGAAAACAAGAAGACAUUAAAGCUGAGGAAAAGCCUGAGAUAAAGAAAGAGGAGCCGAGUGAUGGUGUGCCAAUGGAGACUUCUUCCACUGCAGCUGGGGAGGACAAAAAGCCAGAGAUAAAGGCUGAGCCUAAAGAAGAGGAGGAGGGUUCAGGGUCUACAGCAACCCACAGUUCACCUUCUGGAGUCCCUAACAAAAAGAAAAUUUUUAAGCCAGAGGAGCUGAGGCAGGCCCUGAUGCCCACACUAGAGUCUCUUUACCGCCAGGAUCCAGAGUCUCUGCCCUUCCGCCAGCCUGUGGACCCUUCGCUGCUUGGAAUACCAGACUAUUUUGACAUUGUGAAGAAUCCCAUGGACUUGUCAACAAUCAAAAGGAAGCUCGACACAGGCCAGUACCAAGAACCGUGGCAGUAUGUGGAUGACAUCUGGCUCAUGUUCAACAACGCCUGGCUAUACAACCGCAAGACGUCACGAGUCUACAAGUACUGCUCCAAGCUGGCAGAAGUCUUUGAGCAGGAAAUCGACCCAGUCAUGCAGAGUCUUGGCUACUGUUGUGGCAGAAAGUUUGAGUUUUCUCCCCAAACUCUGUGCUGCUAUGGGAAGCAGCUAUGCACUAUACCACGAGAUGCUGCUUACUUUAGUUAUCAGAACAGUUCACCAAAAUAUGGGCUUCUUGCUGACAGGUAUCACUUCUGUGAGAAGUGUUUCAAUGAGAUCCAGGGUGAGAGUGUGUCCUUGGGAGAUGACCCAUCCCAACCUCAAACAUCGAUCAACAAGGAGCAGUUUGAAAAGAAGAAAAAUGACACGCUCGACCCUGAGCUAUUUGUGGAAUGUAUGGAUUGUGGUCGUAAGAUGCAUCAGAUCUGUGUUUUGCACAAUGACACUAUAUGGCCAUCAGGCUUUGUGUGUGAUGGCUGUUUGAAGAAGUCCAACAAGACCCGCAAAGAGAAUAAAUAUGCUGCUAAAAGGCUUCCACAGACCAAACUAGGCAACUUCUUGGAAACGCGGGUUAAUGACUAUCUGAAGAGACAGAAUCACCCAGAAGCUGGUGAAGUCACUAUCCGUGUUGUUCAUGUCUCAGACAAAGUGGUGGAAGUCAAACCAGGCAUGAAGUCUAGGUUUGUGGAUAGUGGAGAGAUGGCGGAUUCUUUUCCGUACAGAACGAAAGCUUUAUUUGCAUUUGAAGACGUUGAAGGUGUUGAUGUCUGUUUUUUUGGGAUGCACGUGCAAGAGUAUGGCUCAGAUUGUCCACCUCCUAAUCAAAGACGGGUUUACAUAUCCUACCUGGACAGUGUCCACUUCUUUCAGCCACGCUGUCUGAGAACAAGCGUGUACCAUGAAAUUCUUUUAGGAUAUCUGGACUAUGCCAAAAAACAAGGGUUUACCACAGGACACAUCUGGGCUUGCCCUCCUAGUGAAGGAGAUGAUUACAUCUUCCACUGUCACCCUCCAGACCAGAAGAUACCCAAGCCGAAGCGGCUGCAGGAGUGGUAUAAGAAAAUGCUGGAUAAAGCCGUAGCAGAGCGCAUUGUGCAUGACUACAAGGACAUCUUCAAACAGGCAACAGAGGAUCGUCUCACUAGCGCCAAAGAACUGCCCUAUUUUGAGGGCGAUUUCUGGCCCAAUGUGCUUGAAGAGAGUAUCAAAGAACUAGAGCAAGAAGAAGAGGAAAGGAAGAGGGAGGAGAACAGCACGUCCAAUGAGAGUGUCGAUACAACAAAAGGUGACAGCAAAAAUGCCAAGAAAAAGAACAACAAGAAGACGAGCAAGAACAAGAGCAGUUUAAGCCGAGCCAACAAAAAGAAGCCGGGGAUGCCAAAUGUGUCCAAUGACCUUUCACAGAAACUCUAUGCCACAAUGGAAAAGCACAAAGAGGUGUUCUUUGUUAUCCGACUGAUUGCGGCACCCAAUUCCAAUUCUCUUUUGCCCAUUGUUGACCUGGAUCCUUUGAUGGCUUGUGAUUUGAUGGAUGGCCGUGAUGCCUUCCUAACGCUUGCACGGGAUAAGCACCUAGAGUUUUCUUCAUUGCGGCGCUCCAAAUGGAGCACCAUGUGCAUGUUGGUGGAACUGCACAACCAGAGCCAGGACCGCUUUGUCUAUACCUGCAAUGAGUGCAAGCACCAUGUUGAAACUCGCUUCCAUUGCACUGUUUGUGAGGACUAUGAUCUUUGCAUCACUUGCUACAAUACAAAAGGUCACGAGCACAAGAUGGAAAAACUGGGCUUGGGGUUGGAUGACGAAAGCAACAACCAGGCUCCUUCCUCAACGCAGAAUCCUGGAGACUCACGGCGUCUCAGUAUUCAGCGGUGCAUCCAGUCUCUGGUGCACGCCUGUCAGUGCCGCAAUGCCAACUGCUCGCUUCCAUCUUGCCAGAAAAUGAAACGUGUAAUUCAACAUACCAAAGGCUGCAAGCGUAAAACCAAUGGCGGUUGUCCUAUCUGCAAGCAGCUCAUCGCACUCUGUUGUUACCAUGCGAAACACUGCCAAGAGAACAAGUGCCCUGUGCCUUUCUGCCUCAACAUCAAGCAGAAACUGCGGCAACAACAGCUCCAGCACAGGCUACAGCAGGCCCAGAUGGUGCGUAGAAGAAUGGCCAGCAUGCAAAGGACAGGCCAGCAGCUUCCAGGAGGCAAUGGUGGGCUGCCGUCUCCUGGGAACAAUAGUACUACUGCUCCGAGCACACCUACACCGAGCACUCAGCCCCCUACCCCACAGACACCCACUCAGCAAUGUCAGCCUCCAGUGACUCAACCUGUCAUUGGAGGUGUUCCAUCACAACAGCAACAGCAGUUGGUAGGGAUGCCCCAUCAAUUCCAGCAAAUGACUGGAAGUGGUGGAAUGAUGAACUCCCCGCAACAGCCUAUGAUCCCACAGCAGCAGCAACAGCCGACAUCAGUUCAGCAUCUUCAGCAUGCCAACAACCUUCCUCCAUAUGUGCAAAGACCUCCAGGCUCCUCUCCACAUUCUCAGUCAAUGGGUAAGCCAGGCAUGGUGCCAGGUGGCUUCCCUCAACAGCAGCAGUCGAACAUAGGGCAGCAAGUGAUGCCGCAGCAUCAGCCACCUGGCCCUCCACCUGCAGCUGUAGAAAUUGCCAUGAAGAUUCAACGAGUCGCAGAGACUCAACGGCAAAUGGCUCAGCAAAAGAUCCUGCAAAGAAACCAGGCUCCUGGAAUGAUGCCUCCACAUGGCCUUCAUCAGGGUCCCCAAACUCAAAACCAGAUGGGCAUGAACCUUCCUGGAGCUCCAAUGGUUGGUCCUCAAGGAAUGCCACCCCAGACACAAGCAGCAGUGGCCCGAUCUCACAUGGAUCAACAGCAGGGAAUGAUUCCAGCAGGCAUGCAGCAGCAGCAGACAGGUCCUCAGGCUCCGCUCCCGCAAGUUCAAUUACAGCAGGGCCAGCAAGGAGGACCCCAACUUCAGGUGCCGCCACAGCAGCAGUGGAAUAGUCCUGGCAUGCCUCCUCAGCAGAGACCUGGUGUUAUGAACCAAAUGGGUCUGCAAGGAAUGGUUGCACCUCAACAACAGCAACAGCAGCAGACAGUUGGUCAGCAACAGCAGCAGGGUGUUAUGGGUAUGAUGGGCCAAGGAGGGGCUGCACCUCCAGGUGCCGGCCCUGUAAAUCACCCUCAGGGUGCAAUACAGGACCUCCUAAGAACCUUAAGGUUACCUAGCUCUCCGCAUCAACAACAGCAAGUCUUGAAUAUACUACGUUCAAACCCUCAGCUCAUGGCGACCUUUAUCAGGCAACGGGUUCCUAGGUACCUUGGCCGAGGUGGGCCUGGAGCGGGAGGUGCAGGUGUACCAGGAGGACCUGGUGGAGGUCCAGGACUCAUUGAUGGCCAGCAAAUGAAUGUAAAUCCUGGGACAACUCAAGGAGGCAUGCAUAUGCCACAAGGAACUAGUAUGCCAAUGAAUCCACUUCAGCAACAACAGCAGCAGCAGCAACUUCAACAGCGGUCUAUGAUGGGUGGGAAUUUGCAGCAGCAACAGCAGAUGGCGGCAUUGCAGCAGCAGCAGCAGCAGCAACAACAGCAGCAAGGUGUUAUGCCCAAUCAGGGUGCCAACAUCUCCCCCCAGUUCAGAGAUUUGAUGAGGCGGCAUUUGCAGCAGCAGCAGCAACAGCAGCAGCAGCAGCAGCAGCAACAUAUGGAAAACCAUACACAGUUCCAGCAUCCUCAAACACCCCAGCAGCAGGGUUAUCUUGGCCAAUCUGGAAUGCCCCCGCAGCAGCCUGGCCAACCUCAGCCUGGUGGUGUCCAGCAGCAACAGGGGGGACCCCAAGCAGGGACCCAGCAAAACUAUUCUGGGUUGCAUCAACAGGUUGCAGUAGCUCUGCAACAGAGGUUGCAGCAGCAGUUCCAGAUGCAGCAGCAGCAGCAACAACAACAACAGCAGCAGCAGCAGCCUAUGGCUGGACACCAAGGUCCUGAUGGAGGUCCCGGAGGUGGCAGUUCCCUCCAGCAGCAACCGAUGCAGUCGGCUCAGCUCAGUUCCCAAUCUCAAGCCAUGCUUCAACAAGCUUACCAGCAACGGGUCCUCCAGCAACAACAGUCACACUUAGGAGGAGGAUCUCCUGCUCAACACAAUCCCAUGAGCCCUCAGCAGCCUCAGCAACAGAUGUCCCAGUCUCCCCAUUUGCAGGGCCAGCAGUUGCCUAAUUCUUUAAGCAAUCAAGUCCGCUCACCCCAGCCGUCGCCUCGGCCUCAGUCCCAACCGCCAAACUCUAGUCCAUCUCCUCGGUUGCAGCCCCAGCCUUCGCCCCAUCGCAUCUCGCCCCAGACCCAGACGGGCUCCCCACACCCAGGUCAUCUUCCUCAGCAUCACGGUGGCAUGGUCGCACCCCCACCUCCACAGCAACAACCGCAGACGUCCCAACAGGCUAAUGCGAUGGACCAGGGCCCGUUUGGAGGAGACCAGAGUGCCAUGCUUUCACAGCUAGGUGGGAUGGGAGCCUUGCAUGGGCAAGGGACAAAUGACAUGCUGACAAAUAACCAAGAUAUGAAUCACUCGUUAGAUUUGAUGUAACAUUGCCGUGCUCGAAGAACUGAUCGUCCUGAUUGCCAGGGUUUGGUAGCAAAUCUAGGAUUCACAAAGGCUGUCGAUAGUAUUAUUAUUACUAUUAUUAUUAUUAUUAUUAUUUAAUAUUUUUCUUAUGUAAUUAAAAAGAACUGAACUUCCUAUGGGAGAUACUACAUGUGCAAGUCAACAAAUUAAGUUAAAUGAAUGGUAAGUUAUUGCUGUUAAUAUAUAAAUAUAUAUAUAAAUAUAUUUUUUGCCAAUUGUGUUCAAAGGGUUUCGGGUUAAGGGAUGGGAAAAACUUCCUCUUGGUAUAUGACCAGAAAUAUUUUUGGGGUUAAGAAGUCUGCCUUUUUUAUAGAUAUUUUUUAAGAUUUUAAAAGUGGCAUGAAUUAAAAAGCAAAAUGCGUAAACGAAAUGGACUAUUUUGUUUUCUUUUUCCUCGAAGCAGUCAAGAAUGUCAUCCAUUUUGGAGAGUAUUAGAUUUAUUCUCACCAAUGUAAUGAAUAUGUUAUGAUGGCAUUGGUAAUAACUGUUAUUUAUUACUCGGCUCUUUUGGUUGGCUAAUAGAUAUUUUCUUGUUCUUUUGUUUUGGACAGUGUAUGGCAUAUGCUAUUUGAAACUCCUAAAAUUUUUGAAGAGUAUAUUUUUGUUAUUGAUAGAACCUGACUAUAAAAGGAUGAAUUUAUAUUCUUAUUCGUUUUCUUUCUUUACUUUCUUUUUUUUUUUUUUUUUUUUUUUUUUUUUCUUUUUUUUUUUUGAGGGGUGGAUGGGGCUUAAAUUAAGUUUUGAUAGUGUUUGGGAAAUGAGUAUGUGUUUUCUGAUGGCUUGUUGCAUGGGAAAUAUUUGUCCUGUGCAUGUCGCAGUUUUCCCACCCUCAUACACCCCUGUCCCAUGAAUGUGUUUUCACUUUGCCCUUCUUCUCAGUAAAGGAACCUGAUGACACUACAGGUGUGUUUAGAAAACAGUGCAGGGAACUCUACUGAGACUAAAUGUCAAUGCGCGAUUAUGGAUUUUGCAAAUAAUCACCGGGAACUACCCUCUUCAAUCUCUUUCCUCCGACAUCUACACAGCAAGGAAUUGUUCUGACGCUUCACACGCAUCUCUAGUGUUCUGAACUUUGGGAUUUAAGUGAUCUCCUUAAUGUAUAAACAAACUGAAAAUAAAUUACUGAAAAUUAAUUGUCUUUGUAAAAAUAUAUAUAUAUGUGAAUGGAGAUAAAUGGACACAUUUCCUGUUGAUUUAAAAUUCUUUGAGUUGAAGAACUAUGGGCAGCUUAGACUUAAUAUGAGAUUUUUUUUUUUUAAUUUUUUUUUUACAUAAAUGGAGUGUAAGUCAGACAAGCACCAAUGCGCCUUUGUAUGUGUACUUCAUUGCAAGGAUUUCAUUAGUGUGUAAUAAACCAACAAUGACUCGUCAUUAUCUCCAUCCUGUGCACAAGUACAGUGGGGAAGAUAUAGUUUUUGAUUAAAAAGUGGAUUUUUGAUUUGGGUUUUUUUUUUUUUUUUUUUGAUGAUGAUGAUGAUGAUGAUGAUGAUGAUAUGACAACCUAUAAAUGAACUGUUUUGUUUAAUUAAAGGGGUGCUGGAUGAAUACAAAACCGAGGCAAUAUGGCUUUAGAAUUAUUUUAUAAAUGACAAGAACAAUAUUUGUUUUUAUAUAUAUAUAUAUAUAUAUAGAUAUUUAAUUUUAUUUUUGAGAAUAAAAACUUGAAGCUAAUUCAAGAGUUGAUAUUGAAUUACACUUUUUCAAAGAUGUAUUGAUGCAACGUGACACUGCUGUCAUACCAUAUACGUCCCACUUUGGGAAUAAUGAGAAAUAACAUGGCAUUUUAAGGAAAUGUCUUAUGAGUGCAUAUAGAGUAUAUAGAUUAUGAUUCACUGUACAAACCAUGGCAAUUUGCUUUGAAAUGUAAAUUUCUUUUUCUUUCUUUUUUCUGAAACGGACUGGAAAACCAACCGUACAGUUUUAUGGUUCCUAGUUUUGACCACUUUUUUUCUUGCUAACACUUUGGUGCUUGCUGAGAGGAGCAAAAACGGCUCUGAUUUCAGUAGUUUUACUGUUUGGUUGGUUGGUUGGUUGUCUGUUCUUUUUUUUAAAGUUAUGGUGGUCAGAUUUUUUUUGCCAAUUAUUUAAUUGUACAUUAAAAUAUGUUUGUACUAUUCAAAAAUAA